AUGUCUACCAUCACCCCCGAAGUCACCUGGGCACAGCGCUCAUCGACCUCCGAGCCGGAGAAGAACUACAUCUUCCUCACCAUCGUCGCUACCGAUGUGCCCGAGUCAGACAAGCAGCUCGACCUGCAACCUACCAAGCUCAUCUUCAAGGGCACCUCAACGUCUAAGAAAGUCACAUAUGCCCUCGAGCUCGAGUUCUUCGCCGAGAUCGACCCCAAGGAGUCCAAGAUCCAUCACACCGGCCGCGAUAUUGAGCUGGUGCUGCGCAAGAAGGAGCUCAAGGAGGAGUUCUGGCCUAGGCUGCUCAAGGACAACAAGAAGAUGCACUUCUUGAAGACCAACUUCGACAAGUGGGUCGAUGAGGACGAGCAGGAUGAGGCGCCCGAUGAUGAGGACUACAUGUCCAAGAUGAACCCCAUGGGCGGCGGCGGCGAGGGUGGAUUCGGCGGCAUCGACUUCAGUAAGCUUGGCGCUGCUCAGGCCGCAGGAGGUCUUCCUGGCAUGGAGGGCCUUGAGGGUGAGGGCGAGAGCAGCGACGAUGAGGACGACGAUGACAUGCCUGCGCUCGAAAGCGACGACAAGGCAGAGGCCUCUAGCAGCAGCAAGAAGAUUGAGGAGGUCUCGUAG